AUGUCGAACACCGACUUCCUAGGCCGCGCCAUCGACACUGUCAAGAAAGCGAUUGAACUCGAUAAUGCCGGUACCUAUGAUCAGGCCUACCAACAAUACUACUCGGCGUUGGAGCUUUUCAUGCUUGCUCUAAAAUGGGAGAAGAAUGCCAAGUCAAAGGAAAUGAUUCGCGCCAAAGCGGGAGAGUACAUGGAACGGGCGGAGAAGCUGAAGACACAUAUAAACGCCCAAGACAGCAAAAAGCCUGCGGCAAUGGGGUCUAACGGGAAGGCGGUCAAUGGUGGGGGAAAAGGCGACGCAGAUGGCAAGGAUGAAGAGGAUGCGGACAGCAAAAAACUACGAGGGCAACUGACAGGAGCCAUUCUAACGGACAAACCAAAUGUGAAGUGGGAGGAUGUCGCGGGCCUGGAGGGCGCGAAAGAGGCGCUGAAAGAGGCGGUCAUCCUUCCCAUCAAGUUCCCUCAUCUCUUCCAGGGCAAACGCCAGCCCUGGAAAGGUAUCCUCCUCUACGGGCCUCCCGGGACAGGUAAAUCGUACCUCGCGAAGGCGGUGGCGACAGAGGCGAAUAGCACGUUCUUCAGCGUCAGCUCGUCGGACUUGGUCAGCAAAUGGAUGGGUGAGUCUGAGCGGUUGGUGAAGCAGCUAUUCAACAUGGCGAGAGAAAACAAACCGGCCAUUAUUUUCAUUGACGAGGUCGACGCCCUGUGCGGACCUCGUGGGGAGGGCGAGUCAGAAGCAUCGAGACGCAUCAAGACCGAGCUGUUGGUGCAGAUGGACGGUGUCGGCAAGGACUCGAAAGGCGUCCUGAUCCUGGGAGCGACCAACAUCCCCUGGCAGUUGGAUGCGGCAAUUCGACGGCGCUUUCAAAGACGAGUCCACAUCUCAUUACCAGACACACCGGCUCGGAUGAGGAUGUUUGAGCUGGCUGUCGGCGACACCAAGUGUGAAUUGACGCAGAACGACUACAAAACGCUCUCACAGCUAAGUGAAGGCUAUUCGGGCAGCGAUAUCAGCAUCGCUGUUCAGGACGCUCUGAUGCAGCCGGUGCGAAAGAUUCAGACGGCUACGCAUUACAAAAAGGUCACCGUCGACGGCGAAGAGAAAUUGACACCAUGCUCGCCCGGCGAUAGUGGAGCUAUGGAGAUGACGUGGGUUGAUGUCGAGUCGGACAAACUGCUCGAGCCACCUCUCGUCGUGAAGGACUUUAUUAAGGCAAUCAAGGCAUCACGGCCCACGGUGAGUAACGAUGAUUUGAAGCGAAGUGCAGAAUGGACGGCCGAGUUUGGCAGUGAGGGAGCCUAA